GUGUCGCUCACGUUGAGGGUCAAAUCUCACAAGGAUCUGUAACUAGUUCACCGAAUAUGUCGAGUUUUUCCAGAUCCGCUCAGCAAUGGGCGACCUUUGCUCGUUCAUGGUUCCUAAUUGAUGCCAGAAUGCAGCCUCCUGGGAAGGUAGCCGCCUUGUGUUCUGUUAGAUUACAGGGGAAACACAAGCCCAUUUACCAUGCACUGAGUGACUGUGGUGACCAUGUGGUGGUAAUGAACACUAGACACAUUGCCUUCUCUGGAAAUAAAUGGGAACAGAAAGUCUACUCAUCACACACUGGGUAUCCAGGAGGAUUCAAACAAGUCACAGCUACCCAGCUCCACCUAAAAGACCCAAAAGCUAUAGUGAAGUUGGCCAUAUAUGGAAUGUUGCCAAAGACUCUGCACAGACGUACCAUGAUGCAGCGACUGCACCUCUUUCCUGAGGAUGUGCUCCCUCCAGACAUCCUAGUGAACCUGACAGAAGAGUUGCCCCAGCCCAGAAUAAUCCCCAGGAAGCUCAGCGAGUACACGCAGGAGGAAAUAGACGCCUUCCCUAGACUGUGGACCCCACCUCAAGACUUCAAGAUGAAGUGAACUUGUGACAAAAUGUGACCAGAGGUGAUAUUUUGGCUGUGUUGUUUUAUAAUGCGACUACAUUUCUUUUCCUUCAGUAAAGUUAACCAUUACCAGAAGGACUUGGGAGCAGUGAAUCUGCAACUGGUAAUAAGGUCGUCUUCCUUGACUUUUAGUGGGACAGCGAACUACUUGUGUCAGGAUGCUUCAGGGAAACCUGACCCACUGCUGUCUGCCCAGCCAUGUCUGUCCACUACUCUUGGUGUUUUUGAAAUUUCCAUUAUGUUGUCAAAAUAUGAUUUCUUUAGGUAAAUAAAUAAUAA